GCGCUGACGGCCCGGGGACACUGCGGCUCGAAAACAACGGUUGCAGUCCGUGCCCCACUCUUUGUACCCAUGAAUGGUUAUGAUUGGUGGCGCAUUGCUUGACGGGCUGGAGCGGGAGAUCUCUGAACGACGUCGAACAAUCCGGCGGCUCUUGUUGUUGCUGUUUCUAGAAUUCGCGAAUCCGCAAUUCCAUGUAACGGCAAGAUGUCGGUCCCACGGGCGCGGUUACUGCAACUUGUGAAGGCUCGUUGCGAGCUCUUCUCGACGACUUUCAAUCCCGAAGGCAUCCGGACCGGUAACAAGAUCCUGCGUCAGCGACUCAAGGGCCCGGCACUUGCGACCUACUACCCCCGCAAGAACGUCGGUAUUCGCGAGCUUCAAAAGGAGUUCGGUACUCUUGGUCUCGAGGUUGACGAUGAGGUCGAUGAUGAUCGUUUGGAGCACUUGGCAGCUCUGAGAGCCCGCGACAAGGGAGCGCCCAAGAAGAAGAGAACGGCACCCUCGGCGGCCGAUGCGAAGAAGAAGAAAUAAGACACGGCGUCCCGAAAUCAGAACUACACGACGUGUACAUGUAUCAUAUAGUGGGCGGACUAGAAUCAUAUACCCCGAAUACCUGGCGUUCCUCCGGCAGUUGGUCCAUUUCGACAUGCAUUUUUCCGCUCAGUACUUGAUGCCAUCACAGUCUCCCCGUGACGAGGUGCUGCCACAACUGUACAUAUGGUUAGCGACGCCCGCGGCACUUGCCCCUUCAAAUGGUGUUGAAUAGCCGCCUAGUUCGACAAGCAGGUUUGUGGUUACCAGCUUUGUCAAAGGUUCAUCUCGGGACUGUCCUCCCAUGCGUCUACACAAGUCUCUUGAUGCAUCGAACAAAGAAGCGCCUGUUGAUAAGCUGAAGAUACCGUAUCUUGAUUCCAUAGCGCGGAUGGGCUUGAGGGAGGAUAUGACCCUUCGCCAUUGUCCCUCUUUACGAACAGCUUUGAUCAUUUGGGUGAAAACAACAAGCGAGUGUCGGAUCACCCAAGAUCUUUGCACAAGCCGUCCAUGUCAAAGAACGCCAUGAAUGUGAAAAGACCUUGGCAUCCCAGCCCUACCGGACGAGAAAAGCCGACCCGCCACUCCUAUCUGUUAAUGUCCACGAUGCUAGGUGAUGGUGCUGUCUUGUUGAAGCUUCCAGACGUUGCAUGCUUCCCUACCUACUCUACUCAUUUUCAUUCCGACGAAGAAUGGUAGAUCACACCGAAUGGCAGGUGACAUGAACACCUAGGUAUGAAUACCGCCUAAUGAACUCGGAAUAUGUCAUUGGGGCUCGGACGCCUAACCCAGAAACCCGUUGAUCGUAUGGGAAGUGGCAGCCGGACAGCAAGGUCCUUAACGCGGCAGGAUGUCUCAUCGCUGGCUCGGUUGACCAUCAUGCCCGACGUCCCCGCGACACGUGAAAAACUUCGGCUUGGUGAUAAGGAUCCCGCUAGGCACAAGGACGGGAGGCACGACGCCAAAGGCCGAUGAUCGUUAGCUGGAAUACCGGUCGCAACUUCCCCAGCGACUCAUCAUAUUCGAUUCCGAUCUUCGGAUGGACGAGCCGAUGUGCGUUCACUCGUCAGAUCAUCUGAUGGCAGCCCAAGUGAGCUUUGAUCACAGAGAUUGCGGAUUAUCUCACAGGCAUCGUGAACCCCUUUUUGCUUGGAGUGUCCGGGCAGUGACACCUGGGCAGUCCCGGUCACAGUUCCAUCGUGCCUUCCUCCCUCGGGAGCCAAGGGUCCACCAUUUCGACUUUAGUCUCGGUCAUCCCGGGCUCAUACCUACCCUAGAGGUACCUACCUACCUCUAGCCCUAUUCUGACCGGU